GGAAUUCUUCAAGCAAGAACAUUGGCAUAGGUUGCCAUUUCCUUCUCCAGGGGAACUUCCUGACCCAGGGAUUCUUCCCGACCCACAUUUUGCCAAGGUUUGACUUCACCGGGAUGGAAAACAGGCACAAAUCUGUGGUCUGGGAGUUAAAAGUCUGGGCUUAGGUCUCAGCUCUCCUACUAGCUGUAUGAUCUUGGACAAGUAACAGACUGAGCUUAUUCAUUAAACAGGGACAAUACCAACUGACUCCUCAGGAUUACAGAAGAGAAUCGAAAUGAGCUAAACCUUAAAUUCAAAGUAUGAUAGAAAUGUGAGGCAAUAGAAGAGAACAAAGUAUUUUAAUGAAUAUUUCCUUUGCGUCUUUCAGUCCCAUGGACAUGUAGCCUGGUGGGCUACAUGUGGUCGCAAAGAGUCGGAUACGACUUAGCGACUAAACAACAACAACAAGGUCCCAUCCGAGUAGAACUGAGUGGGAGCCCAGAGACAGGGGAAGCCUUCACAUUCACAAAGUUUCGGAUAUUGCUGCCCCUUGAGGGAGGAGAAAGUAACAGUUUUGCCUUCAUCUCUGGAACGCCAACCGAGCUUCUCCCCUUGAUCAUCGCUCAAAAUGGGAAUGGGGAGGAGAGUCAGAAAAUCGGAUGCUUAAUUGUGAGUCCUCGGGUUUUAAGGAGAGAGGAAAGUCCUGAGAGGGCGAAGUAUCGUUCCUUUUCAUGUCUCGCCGUUGCCCACAGGGGCAAACAGGUGACAGCCCAGGAAGCUACAGCAACGCACGAAAGUCUGACAGCCGCCAUUUUCUCCGUUCCCGCAAAAAAACUACCAAGACCAGAAUGCAACGGUGGGCCAAGCCAAAGGGUCGCAACGCGCCGCACGAGUGCAGGGAGAUCCAACUCCCAGGGAGCAGCGGGCGGAAGACUACGAGGCCCAUCAAGCCAGCAGCGGACCUCCACCUCCCAUCACUGGCCUAGCUCUGGGAACGGGCCCGCGCCCAGGAGCCUCCGCGCGCAACAUGGCCGCACCGGGAGCGGAAGCGGAGCAGAGGGAAUGCUAGGGCCGUACGCCUCCUCGGCCUUUCGCCAGGACCGUAUCGAAGAAGGAAGCUCACGGUCCUACCCAACAAAUGCGUGUUGCCUUUUCUCGCCGUGGCCAUGGGGGCGUACUGACAGAGCCUUUAAUCUGAUAGGCAACUCCAGCAUUUCGCAGCCCUGAGUUGGAACCCUUCGGAGGACUGCCGUGUAAGCGCGGACUCUGCGUUCCGACCGAGGCACGAGGCCAGUGAGGCAGGUCCCUCUGUCCCGAUAGGUGCGACACAGCACUCCAUGCCUGCGGGCGCGGGGAGGCGUGGCCUCCCCCAGGGCCACCACCUCUGCUGGUUGCUCUGCGCUUUCACUUUAAGGCUCUGCCAAGCAGAGGCUCCCGUGCGGGAAGAGAAGCUGUCAGUGAGCACCUCAAAUUUGCCGUGCUGGCUGGUGGAAGAGUUUGUGGUGGCAGAAGAGUGUGCUCCAUGCUCUAAUUUCCAGGCUAAAACCACCCCUGAGUGUGGUUCCACAGGAUAUGUGGAGAAAAUAACAUGCAGCUCAUCUCAGAGGAGUGAGUUCAAAAGCUGCCGCUCAGCUCUGAUGGAACAACGCUUAUUCUGGAAAUUUGAAGGGACUGUCAUAGGUCUGGCCUUGGUCUUUGCUUGCCUUGUCAUCGUUCGUCAGCGACAACUGGACAGAAAGGCUUUGGAAAAGGUCCGGAAGCAAAUUGAGUCCAUAUAGCUACUUUCUCUCCUUUCACCUGGGUCUUAGAAACCCUGCCUCAAACAGAAGGUAGAAUAAACUGACUUGCGCCCCUGGUUCUCUGGAACCUUGCGGUAGCACCCCCUUUCACUCCUCCAUCUAAAUAAUUAAUGAGCAGAAUAAAAAGAGUAAAAUCAUUUCCUUCCCUAUCUAUAAUUUGGUUUGGGGCAGGAAAUCAUGGGGGGACAGAGAGGGAAAGGGGGUAGUGAUUUUAGGCCCCAGUUUACCAGGUACCUAUCUUCCUCCUCUUCCACUACUUACUUAAAACUGUCAGCAUAUAGUUUUACCAAAAAAAGUUUAUUUCUUAGCCAAAACAUCAGUUUCCCUUUAACCCUGUCCUCAAAGAAAUAAAAUCACAGAUACAUGA